CAAAAGUGUCAGUCGCGCGCCGGCGCCAGCAUCGAUCGCGUCAAUCGGCGCUUGUGCGCUAGUUUAAGGCUCCAAUUUCUUCGAUAUUUGGACAUGGCCCGUUUCGCUACUGAGCUUCCUUCCUGUGAAUCAUGAAUUGAACGGAGACGCUUUCAGUCCGCCGCUGGGCACAUGGCGCCGCGAGCGUCCCACAAACGCUCACAAACUUCUGCGUUACGUAUCAAAUAUAUUUUUAUCAGUUAAAUGCCGGUCGUAGUUUUAAGUGCCAAGUUUACAUGUCAAUGCGAAGUAUAAUUUUUUUUUAGUGUUUGUUAUUUUUAAAACAAUGGAAUUGCAGUUGAUUUUAAUAGCUUUUCCGUUACUAUGGAAAUUGUCAUCAAGCUUGCAAUGCUUCAAAUGCGACCCGGAGCGGUUGUACAAAAACGACGCGGUGCUGUGCGAGAAAUUCGACAGUAGUUCGAAUUACGUGGUCGACUGUGAACACUCUUCUAUGUGUUAUAAGAGGGUUACCACAUUGGACUUGGGGAAUGGAGUGACUACGAGUACAACAGUACGUGGUUGUGCAGCACAAACUAUGAGCGGUAAUCAAGCGAAGAUAAACGGCAAAUGGCGGCCCGUUAACACGAUAUACGAUGUCUAUGAAGAGGGAUGUUCUUACGACCCUACUGACAUCGAACGCACAACAAAAUCUUUAUACUGUUACUGCCGCGGCGACUUGUGUAAUGGAGUAGGAAAAUAUCAAUCAAGUUUAUAUUUAAUGUUAGUAGUUAUCAUUAAUUUAUUUAUAAGUUACCUAAUACUGUGAUAACUUUAGCUUUUUCAAAUUAAAGGAAAUCAACUGGUCAUGUAUAAUUUAACACGUUCACUGCCACCGAUAAAAUAGUGGCAUAGAAAGUGUUAAAAUACCUUAAUAUAUGCAUAUAAUGCAAUGGAAUAUAAUAAAAAAUACUCGUUAGUACCAAAGUAAAGAAACAUAAAGAAAGCUAAAAAUAUGAACCUACUAAAAGAUGCGAAACAUUCCAUAUUGUAAGUCCAUUAGUGAUUUGACUACUAAAUGAAAAUUGUCAGUGUUUAAUGAUAGGAAAGUCGAAGAAUAAGUACUUUGUAUUUAAGUUGGCACGUCACGCAGAGGACUCUUGUUUUCGAUUUGCCAACUUAAAUUCCGAUUAUCUACAAUUUUUCAUAACAAUUAUUGCUUUGAUAAAAUAUACGUAAUAAUGUUGUAUUAUAUUUUUAUUU